AUGCGUCCAAUGGAAGAGGUCUAUCUCGAUAUUUACAAGUGGGAGAUGACCAUCUUGAAGAAUGAAAUCCUGCUUCCACCACCAUACCCCACUCCUCCAAAUCGACAAUCCAAUCGAGAAAGUAACUUAGAAGUCACCAUCCUCUGGAUCCUCGCUGUCGGGGGUCUCAGUCGGCUUCGGGGGAAUAGAGAAGGAGAAAGUCGGCUUGGGCUUCUUGGAGUGGCUGACGCUCACGGUUGGCUUGGGCUUAGGGGUGAAGCUCGGGAUCCCGGUUGGGAUGGAGAAGCUGUGGGUCGGCUUGGGCUUAGGGGUGAAGCUUGGGAGCUCAGUUGGAAUGGAAAAGCUGUGGGUCGGCUUGGGCCUGGGAGUGAAGCUGGGGAGGUCGGAGGGGAUUGGCAGGCUGAAGCUUGGCUUGACGCCAGUAGGCUUAGGCCUGGGGGUAAAGCUAGGGAGCUCGCCCUGGGGAAGAGCGCUAACGAUGCUGGGCAGUGUCAGAGGAAACUCAAUGGGAGGGUACCAGCAAAGUAUCGGUCUUACGUGGAAGCGCCUAGGGCGAGGAGGAUGGCAGUGAACUUCAUGUUGACGAUUGAUGGUUAUAUCGAGUGGACUUGUUGUAGAAGAUGA